AUGAAAACAAAUUUGUUUUUAGAUGCUGAUAGUGAAGAUAGUGCUAAACAUGAAGUAAACAAUGAAUUUGACUGCAUUUCAUUGUCACCUGAUAACCAGCCUCUGGAAGUUUUGCUAGAAGAAGAAAGUGAUGAGAAAUCGAAUGUACAGUUAUGUAAAAACGAGAAGAAAGGAUUAAGUGGAAAUGACAGAUUUCCUGUAGCCGUUGGUAAGGAAAUAGAUAUUUAA